CACACCCACUGCCCACAGGCCACGCCCUUCCUGACUUCGCCCAUGUGCCCCGCCCGUCCUGAGGACCUCCCAACCUGCAGGGGGCGAUGAAAGUCCACUUGCGCUUCGUUUGUAGCUGCUUCCGAGUCAGAGGUCAGACGGUCUAGCGCUGCGUGGGACAUGGUGCAGCUGCGACCCCGCGCGUCUCGCGCCCCGGCGUCGGCGGAGGCGAUGGUGGACGAGGGCCAGCCGGCCUCGGAGGAGGAGGAGGCGGAGCAUGGGCUGUUGCUCGGUCAGCCCAGCAGCGGCGCGGCCGCCGAGCCGCUGGAGGAAGACGAGGAAGGGGACGAUGAGUUUGACGACGAGGCCCCGGAGGAGCUGACUUUCGCCAGCGCCCAGGCGGAAGCGAGAGAAGAGGAGCGGCGAGUGCGGGAAACCGUGCGCAGGGAUAAAACGCUCCUGAAGGAGAAGAGGAAGCGACGCGAGGAGCUGUUCAUCGAACAGAAGAAAAGAAAACUCCUUCCAGACACUAUUUUAGAGAAGUUAACCACAGCUUCACAGACUAAUGUCAAGAAAUCGCCAGGAAAGGUCAAAGAAGUUAAUUUGCAAAAGAAAAAUGAAGACUGUGAAAAAGGAAACGACUCCAAGAAAGUUAAAGUACAAAAAGUACAGUCUGUCAGCCAGAAUAAAAGCUACUUGGCCGUAAGGCUAAAAGACCAAGAUCUGAGAGAUUCAAGGCAACAAGCAGCACAAGCCUUCAUACAUAAUUCAUUAUAUGGGCCAGGAACCAACAGGACUACUGUAAAUAAGUUCCUGUCUCUUGCCAACAAGAGGUUACCAGUGAAAAAGGCUGCUGUCCAGUUUUUGAAUAAUGCUUGGGGAAUCCAGAAAAAACAAAAUGCCAAGAGGUUUAAAAGACGGUGGAUGGUCAGAAAGAUGAAAACUAAGAAGUAAAUCAAUGCUAAAUGAAGAAUCUGUACUUUGUAUGUAUAGAAUUUAUCUAAUAAAUUAUUGGUAGAUCAUUUUAAAGGAUCAUUAUAAAAAUCAUAAACCUAUUUGAGGAAUUACUCAACCACAUUUCAUUCUUCUGGAGUAGAAUUGUGCCUUGCAAUCCUACCUAGAGGAAAAAGUGGUUUAAGAAGGAAUUUUCUUUUUAAUGUAUUUAACUGAAUUCAAGCCAUACUUAUACCAGCAAUAGCACCUCAUCUUCUCUCCCCGACUAGCGGGUGGGAGGGGUGGCAAAAAUGGCACGGACAGAAAGGAGAAACGGACAUUCCAGAAAAGUCUCCAACUGCAGCCCUUAGACAACUUGCUGUUAAAGAUUCAGUGGACAAAAUAUAGCUAACAGCUUUUAAGUUUUUACUUUUAACCAGUCUGGGGAUUUGCUUGCCUGGUGAGUCGCAUAAUGCCAUAUUAUGAAUAUGAAAAAAAUGAAGUUAAUUUCCUGUUGCCUUUCUGUGUCACCCAUAAUAUCAGGUUUAACCCUAAACCAGGGAUGCCAGUAAACUGAAGGCAGUUUUAGGUUGUAGAACUCAGAUUAAUUGUAGAAACCAUUAAUUUUAAUUGCUCUAAUUUUCAUAUUAAUCAUAAAAAGUAUGCAAGUACCUAAUAUAUAAACUCAAUUGACACUGUAUCUGUAGAAGUAAAUUUUUAAUGGCUGGUUAAUUAUAUCACUACAUUUUAUUGCAAUAUAGUACUCAUUUAAGCACUUAAAAAUGGAAGGUGUACAAAGAUUAAAUUAAGACACGGUAAAUUGACUAAAUAUUUGGUUUUUAUAUAAAUAAAGGUCAUAACCACA